GUUGUGUCGUGUGGGGGGUAGGUAGACUGUUAGAUGAAGUCUCCUCUUUAAAUUUUGUACAUUUCUCUAUUUUUAUGGCAUGUGGAUAUCCAAAAACACGUGGUGACGAUGCAGACCCUCACUCCUCAUGUGUACUGGGCUCAGCGGCACAGAGAGCUUUAUCUCCGGGUGGAACUGAGCGAUGCAAAGAAUCUGGACAUCAGCCUGCAGGAGAACAACACACUGCAGUUUAGAGCACAGGGUCAUGGUGCCAAAGGAGAUAAUGAAUAUGAGUUCAGUUUGGAGUUCCUGGAACCUGUUCAACCUGAGAUUAGUCAUAAGUCCACCCAGCGUCAGGUGGACAUAAAAAUCAGGAAGCAGGAGGAGCGCUGGUGGGACCGGCUUACACUGCAGGAGAAGAAGCCUCUAUUUUUGGCUCCAGACUUUGAUCGCUGGCUAGACGAGUCUGACGCUGAGAUGGAGCUUCAGGCAAAGGAGGAGGAGAGGAUAAACAAGAUAAGCGUGGAGUCAAGAGUUCGUAAAGACCCCUUCCUUGGGUUAAAGAAAGGCUACUUGUUCAUGUACAACCUGGUGCAGUUUUUGGGAUUUUCCUGGAUCUUUGUCAACAUGACUGUCCGUCUCUUCAUCCUUGGCCAAGACUCCUUCUAUGAUACCUUCCAUACCACAGCUGACAUGAUGUAUUUCUGUCAGAUGAUGGCCACGCUCGAGGUCAUUAAUCCUUUACUGGGUCUGGUUAAGACUGGAUUUUUUCCUGCUAUGAUACAGCUAGCCGGGAGGAACGUCAUUCUGUUCGUUAUCUUCGGCAGUCUGGAGGAGAUGCAGAACAAACCUGUCGUCUUCUUCGUGUUCUACCUGUGGAGCACCAUUGAGAUCUUCAGAUAUCCAUUCUACAUGCUGGCCUGCAUCGGCACAGACUGGAAGCUGUUAACGUGGCUCAGAUACAGCCUGUGGAUUCCUCUGUACCCCAUGGGGGUUUUAGCUGAAGCGGUGGCUGUGAUCCAGUCCCUGCCCAUCUUUGAUGAGACUCGUCUCUUUAGUAUCCCUCUCCCUGCCAUGCUGGGUCACUCUUUAAGCUUCUCCUACACCCUGCAGCUCUACCUGGUCCUCAUGUUUCUGGGACUCUUCAUCAAUUUCCGACACCUGUACAAGCAGCGGAGGAGACGGUACCGUCUGAGGAAAAGGAAAGCCCAAUAACUCAUCUCCUUCUUUCUUUAACAACCCUUCUGAACUGCCAUCGACAUACAGAUGAAACCGCAGCCUUUUUUUCCCCUUUUUGCCUUUUCUCAUCCUCCUACACAUGAACACAAACUUAAAUCAUAAUGGGUACUGGUCCUACUAUUCAAGGUCAAAACCUUGCACUGUUUGAGCCAGAGAAUUAGUGCUGCGAGUUUAAGUUUCAAUAGUUUUUUUCUCCUAAAACCUGAAAUAUUUAUGAAGAAGUCUGUUUAUUUUAUUUGGGAAUUCAAUGCCAUUGUUUACUUUUUAAGUGUAAGGGAAAGCUAGUGUCAGAGUUUGGUACACAUAAAAAAUAUUUUCUACAUACACCUUCAGGAGGAUCCAUCAUUUUAGGCUGUAUUUAGGUAUUUUCCUUUACUUUUGAAAUGAAGUUCCUUAUCAUUUGAAAAUAUUACGGUUAUCCUUGAAAAAAGCUCCUCAAAACUUGGUUUAAAGGGGCUUUAUGUUUUUUUUUUUAACAAAUUAUUUACUAAUCACUGCUCUUAAUGUUUGUGUCUCUCUAUUCUGAGGUUCGACUUUUAGACCCCAUUUGCACCUUCCAUUAACAUCCAUGCUUAAUAAUCUGAUACCAAGUGGUAAUCCAUAAAGCUAGGUGUGAAUGCAACUUAGCACCUCUUUAAAAGCGUUUCUCUCCUCCCUCUUCUCAUUCAAGAAAACACUGAUGUACUGUUUUAUAGAUAAAGUUUAUGCAGUAGUGGUAGGGUCAAACUAACAACUCAAAUAGACAACAAGUCUAACUGAGCAAGACGUCCAUCAGUAAGACUGGGUGGAUGAAAAUAAGUCACGCAUUUAGCUAUCUGGCCGACCACCACAGAUUGGGUAAGUUGAUGGGAUAAUCUUAAAUGUGUGCCAUUACACAUGAGCGUCUACACUACAAAAAAAAAAAAAAAAAAAUCCUCAAGAAGGCCUCCAGACCACCUCCACGCAAUCUGAGCUAUCUGAUAUUAAAUCAGAGAUGGGAAAGAAUCAAAUAAUUGCACUGACAUAAAAAAAAAGUGACUUUGAUUUAAAUUUGCUCAAGUAGAAGUGAAAAUUCUGGCCCACAAAUCUACUUAAGUAAAAGAAAAAGGAGGUUUUUUUUAAAGUUUAGUCAAGUACUGAGUGGCUAAAUUUUGCAGUGUUAAAGUAACACUUAAAGAGUUACAUUAACACUGUAUCCCAGUUUAUAUGGUCCCACCCCAGAUUGGAGUUAAAUUGACUCUUUCCCCUGUGUUAAAAUUUUAGAGUUAGAUUAACUCUAAAUAGAGCAUAAUUUUUAAUCAACUAUGAAGUGUUUAAGAAUCACUCCCAAUGGUGUUGAUGGUUCACUCUUAAUUCAACUCCCAUUGUGUAAAAUUGAACACUUCUGCUGAGUUUAUAUUGUUCUCUAACAGUGUGAAUUUGUAGCAUUCUGAGUGUUACUUUCUGACUCAUUAAAUUGUGUUUUACCACUUAGGAUCAAUUUCUCUGGAGAUGUUUAAGGGAAGAAUUUAUGUAUCUAAAUAUAAAAUCAAUUACUAAUACAUAUGGCUUCAGUAGUUUCAUAAAGUAUGUGCAUGAUUGGUUUUUAUGUUUAAGUCUUUUAUUAUGCCAUGCUCAUUCAUACAACCAUAGUUGCCUCCACAACCAUAGGUGCCUCCACAUGUUUGGACAUCUAAAACACAUAUAAACACUCGGCCUGAUGGCGUCAUGGGAAGUUAUGCAGUUUUGAAAUGGAAGUAGGCAGAGCCUAGAUCAUAUGACUCUAUACAGAGUGGAUUAACACGGUCAAAUGACCCUGAUGAAGGCCACAAGCUGAAACUGGUUGGUCUAAUAAAUGUUCUCUAAUCAUCCUAACCUGGCAUGCCAGAUGGAUGUGUUUCACACAUCCAUCUGGUAAACCUCCAAUAGACAGCAUUUAGGAAAGGGCAGAGCCUUUGAAAAAAAUUCAGAGGGUGA